ACGCGUAGAGCCUCCGCCUAGGAAACUACUUCGUAUCUAAACUUUUUAUUCGCGGGUCCGGAGCGCCGACUCUUCACUACAUCAUCUGCAUUCGAUAAGCCAACACGCUACGACCAGCAGCGGUCUUUAAUAUUCUGCGAUGUGGAAAUUUAUUACUUUGGUUUUAUGUUCGAUUGUUUUCGCGACGGGCGAUGAGGCGGGUCCGGUGGUGAGCACGGCCCUUGGUGAUGUGGGCGGAUUCUACAUGAAGACUCGGGAUGGCAGGAAAAUUGCCGCCUUCACGUCUGUACCGUUCGCAGCCCCUCCACUGGGAGACCUCAGGUUUAAGGCGCCGGCCCCCGCGGCCCCCUGGACUGGAGUCCGCGACGCCACGCAGCCCAGCCCGCCCUGCGUGCAGAGGAACCCCUACACCCGGCAACAGGAGAUCGUGGGGCAGGAGGACUGCCUGUAUCUGAACCUGUACACGCCGAGGGUUGAUGAUCUGGGCACCCCAAGCAUCUCGUCUGGCCUGCUCCCGGUGAUGGUGUGGUUCCACGGCGGCGGCUGGAUGUGCGGGGACUCGUCCACUGCCAUGUACGGGCCCGAGUUCCUGCUGGAUAGAGACGUGCUGCUGGUCGCUACUAACUACAGAUUAGGUCCCCUAGGCUUCCUCUCUACCCAAGACGAGGCCUGCCCCGGCAACAACGGGCUGAAGGACCAGCAGGCGGCGCUGCGCUGGGUGCAGCAGAACAUCCGCCAGUUCGGGGGGGACCCCGACUCAGUCACGCUGUUCGGAGAGAGCGCGGGCGGCGCCAGCGUGCACUACCACAUGAUCUCGACUACUAGUGCUGGGCUAUUCCACAAAGCGAUCUCGGAGUCCGGGACGGCGUUAGUCCCCUGGGCGGAGGCUCCGCCGGGCGAGGCGCUGAGGAACGCCUUCCGCCUGGCCAAGUUCAUGGAAUGCCCGCAGGCACCUUCAGAGCUGAUGAUAAACUGCCUCCGAGGCAAGGACGCGAGGGAAAUGAUCGACACGGAGUACAGGUUCUAUGCGUGGGACUACGAGCCCAUGACCCCGUUCAAGGCGGUGGUGGAGCCGGACCUGCCUGGAGCCUUCCUGACCAGCAGCCCGCGGCUCACGCCCGCCGCCGCCGCCGUGCCCUGGCUCACCGGGCUCAACAAGGACGAGGGCUGCUUGAAGUCUGUCUGGAUAACCGAGAACAGCACCCGUCUCCGCGAGUUCCUGUCGGCCUUCGACGUGAUCAGCCCCGUGACGUUCUACUACGAGAACCAUCCGCAGCAGCAGGAGAUCACGGCGGCGCUGAGGAAGGAGUACCUGGAUACCAAGGAUGAGAAGGAGAUCAAGAGGAAUAUUCUGAAGGCGUACUCCGACUCGUACUUCAACUUCCCGAUGGUGGACGCGGUGGACCUGGUGCUGCAGUACACUCGGCAGCCGGUGUACCUCUACGAGCUCACGUACCGCGCCACCAACAGCUUCUCGCAGAUCUUCGGCGAUGAGGACGGAGACCACGGUGUGUGUCACGCGGACGAGCUGAUGCACCUGUUCCCGAUCCACUUCCUGAGCCAGCCCUUCUCCGAGAAGGACAUAGAGAUCAGCAACCUCAUCAUCACCAUGUUCACCAACUUCGCUACCACUGGGAACCCGAACCUCCCCACCAAGCUGCCGGUGGAAUGGCGUCCGGUGACAGACAGCAAGACGAUGGAGUACCUCGACAUCGGGGAGACCCUGGCCAUGGGGCGCGGGCUGGCGGACUCCUCUAAGCUGUGGGGCAGUCUGCCGCUCUGGUUCAACAGGAACACUAGGAGAUUCUACGACGAGUUGUGAGACUGUCAGAAUUAGGGCCAGUUGCACGAAGGGUAUUUUAGAACACCGAAAAACGCAAGACGCCUAAAUUAUUUAGCGGUAAUACUUAGUUUGAUCGAAUGUGCCUUACGUAAGUAACUUACGAAACAAAUCAGAUAAAGAUAUUUAAGGCCGACCUUAGUUUACAGCUUCUUUGUGCAACUUGGCCUAUAAAAUGAUGGAAAAUACAGGGUGUCGGAUAAUAAAGGCACGCGGACAUAGGGAUAAUAAUAUAUUAUGAACAAACUUUUGCUCAAUAUUUUUGAAAUGCCAAGAAGAAAAGAAUAUAACUUAUACUUAAGUAUAGAUUUUGAUGCUCCCUUUAAAAUAUGAUAGACACGUACCUAACGGUCACAACCUGUCGACACAUUUUUUGUAUGGAGACGUACUUAUAAUUGUGUGCUGAGACUUGACAGUCAAUAUUAAUAUCUAUAAAUGAAUCCUUAGGUAUUGACAAAUUAUAAGGAAAAAUAACAGGGUUGAUUUAUUUUGUUUUUUUGGUUAUUAGAUAUGUAUGUAUAUUAUUUUAGGUAUCUACUUACCUAAACCCAGUUUCAUUUUUAGUUAGGUAAGUAUGUCUAAAAUCAGUUUUAUAGCGUUAAGUAUGUGUUUGCGGUUUACCGAUUGAGUAUUUUGUAUAAGUACUUAAUAAUGUUAACAUAGAUUAAGAAAAGCUAAGAGUAUAAUAAAUGAAAUAAAGUAAAUACUUA